AUGGUGGAAACUAGUGGCUAUAGAUUGUUGUGAUGAUAAGUUAAGAUUUCCAAGGGACUAGGGAGACGAUAGUCGGCCGAUAAAGUGCAAUAUUCUACCGUAGAAGAACAUUCGUCCUGAUUGUUCUAGAACAAAGAGAAAAAUUAUCGGGUACAAGUUUUGACCAUAAGCCAUCCAAAAACCAGCCUAACCGAAAGCAAUGGGGAAAAAGAAACAAACUCCUGUUGAAGAUCUAAUAAUACCACCUCAAGACACCCGGAUAUGUGGUAUCAUUUGCAUUUGCCAGUUAACUUUCGUACUGAGCACCGUAGCGAUUGUUUACCUUACGGUGGCCAUCUAUAUGCCAACGUCUCGGGCACAGAAGAGUGGAAUCGAUGAAACCCCGGUGAUGUGUACAACAACCAGAGCGCUGAACAAAGAUGCCUGCGAAUGGGGUUCAUGUGGUGAGUGGUGUCUUAGCAAGACUUCGGGUGCCUGCAUCCAGAUCUAUGUUCAUUUGCGCACCAACGGAAGCAGCCUGACGUUUCAAAACUGUACCAAUUCAGCGAACAAAACAUGCUAUGGUAUAGAUCAAGAGAAUGCCAAGAAAGCUCGUUGUAUUGCGGAUGAAUGUAAGAAUCUCACCGGAACUUUUAACUGUACCACGGGAAUGUGUAUCAACAUAACGGAUGCAUUCGAGUGUGUUUUCAAGAACACCGAUGCACCGAUGAAAUGUUCCGGACGACGAGGCAAGAUCACCUGCAUUGAUAUACACGGGCUGUUCUCCUGUAACCGUGGAACAUGUCGAAAGAUAAGAACUCCAUACAAUUGUGACCGCCGCUGUGUGGAUAUUCCGACCAGGAAUAAGAAUAUGAUAUUAUUGAGUGGAGAUAAAGUUUAUCUUUCGCAAUGUUCAAGUGCGGUUGAUACGAUAACUAAUCAAGAGGUUUGGAACGAAAGUGACGGGAAAGUGAUAAUGAAUUCGUGUUACACCAUACAGAACACCACCAAUGGUAUUCAAGCAACCGAUUGUGUUAACGGAUCACUUUUGGAGAAAGAUGAGCUUACUGACCUCACCAAUUUCACCUAUCUAAGCUACCUGCACUAUGCAGUAUCAACACCGCUGAAAACCAUUUCCCCACUGGAGCAGGAUUUGACCAUUUCAAAUGAAUCACGGCUGAUGAUCAAUCUAGAAGGUUGCGUCAAUACGCUUCAGGAUGAGUGUCGGGACUUCCUCAAGGAAUAUGGCAAAGAUGGUACCGAUCACAACGCCAGAGCUAGGUUCCCCUGUUUCUACUCUAAAGCUAAUACGGAAUCGGUGGUCGCUAGAUUUGAUUUAGCUGAAACUGAAAAACAGUUCCUCGUCGGGUUCUACGUACCAACGAUUCUGUUUGGCGUCUCUUGCCUGACCUUGAUAUUCUGUCAACGCACCAUUUACAUAGGAGAUGAUGCCAAGAUGCGUUUCGUCGGAUUCAAAAAGAAAGAAACCACCGUUGCUAAUGGCGCAGCCAAAACAAAUGCUAAGGCCAAAUCUGGUGAUGGUGGUGGAGGCGGCGAUUCGGUCAUGGCUCUCUGAGAUCCAUCACGCAUUCCUCUACUGCAAGAAGACAGUCCAGUCCAUCAAUCGGGUGUAUUUUCGCUGCACUGAUUUGCAUCAACAGUACAGUUUCUUCUGCUUUGAAAUCGAAAGGUUAGAAAAACCUCCUUACUUUUCUCGUCCUCAGUA